GGUUUUCAUCAAGAGAGCGCUGGAUGGCGCCGCACCAACAACCACCGCCGUCGUGCUACAACACUCACGCGCUGAGCCUCGAAUACAGCACUAUCGAUGGAGACUUGUUUUUGGACGUGGGAGAGAGUGAGGCGUUUAUACCAAGUUCCCCUGCGGACUCGUCGAAGGGGAGUAGUACCUGCUUCACCCCACUCUCGAACAUCAACGCUUGGCCGCAAUCCGCCGAUACUCCCACGGUGAUUCCGUGCGUAUCCAAGAAGGGCGAAAAACGAAAGCAGCAGAUUCGUGAAGCCUCCCGUCGCUGCCGCAUCAAGCAAAAGGACGAAGUCGCGUACCUACGCCAACGCGUGCUCGAAAUGGAACGAGUUCUGCGCGACCUCUCAUCGACGCCCAAAUCCACGAACACCGCAUCCGAAGUAGAAAUAUCCUGUUUGCGACGGCAUAACGAACAGCUGACUCAUGCCCUUCAACGCACCACCAAGCAACUGCGGUUUAUCCAAACGCUCAUGCACGAAACCAUUCAAACCGCGUCGAGUUCGUCCACCUUACCUCAAAAUCCAGAAUCAGCAGAAUCCCUCGACGAUACAUCAUCCAAAUCGUCAGCGGGAAUCCAGCCAGACCAAGUGAACUCAAUGGCAAGAGUUGCCGCGACGGCGGCCGCGAGUUUGAUGUCGUUUGUGGUCGAGAAAGGAGUUCAGGUAAUGAGCAUUAGCUCGUUCGACUGGGUCGGCGACAUUUGGAUGGAAGGUUCGCAAGUCCGCUUCGCCAUGACCAAGUCUUUCUCGGGAGCGUUCUCGAGGAAGGACAUGGCAGAUCGUGUGUGGCAAGCGACCCAAAUCUCGCGAUGCGGCACUCCUAAGUACACAUUGGUGACGCAGGAAUGCGUGCUUUGUAUCGAUCCGUCUCGGCUCCGCGUCAUGCGCCGCGUAGAAUCGCUGAUGGAGAUGCGUGUCUUGGAGCAUUGGUCCGUUGUGUUCCGCCACGAAAUCGACGCUCAUUCGACGCUUUUGGGGAGCCAAUCGGUCGCCCCCCUCCGGCCCGUUCAAUACACACUUGGGAAGGAACAGCAGGGACUGCUCCUCACGACCACAGACGAUGCUGUUCACGCCGAGCUCCGCGGCAUGUACGACUGCGUUGGAGUGCCCGAGACCGAAGUCGCCGCGCGUGUCUCCAAGGACAUUCUGUCAGUUCUUGUGCUCGUGGAAUCGGCGCUCAUCGGCGCAGCGCUAGUCGCCAAACAGCGUCAUGUGUAGAUGCUGUCGUUCGCGGUUGGCUUUUGUCCCUGUCUUGAACGUCAUGAAAGUGCUUCUUUGUGCAGUUGGCCUCAUUUUUCGCGUUCUUCAUGCAACCUGUCACA